AAUACCAAUCCAGAAGAAAUAGUUAUGGGAACAAAAUUGUAGGUGCACGUGCGCGAGCCUGGCGCCACUAGCAAGUUCUAAAAAAGCGUGCUUUCCGGCAGCCGGCAGAAACCUUAGAAAUGGCGGCCGAGCUUCUCCCGACAGCAUAUUUUAAUGAAACCCAAUUCAGGAGUGGUCGGAACUUGCCGAAAACUCGCGCUUCUUCAAAUUUCAGUUUAAGAGCUUCUCAAGAACCCCUCGGCGAUGACAAGAGCAAGUUCUACAAACAACUCGGAAUGUUUUCUUUGAGAAAGAGAAUAGAAGAUUCUGUUCUUCGUGCAGAGAUGCUGGCACCAACGGCAUUGGAAUUUGAAGAAGGGAAGCAUGUUGACCAAGAAGGAGUUGUCCGCGACUAUGACUUGUGGGACGACCUCAACAAAUCAAACGAAGUCCUUGCCAAACUGGCUGACAGUGCCAAGGUGGUUGACACACUCAGGGAUCUUACAUUUAAGGCCGAGGAAGCUAAGCUUAUCACCGAGCUUGCAGAGAUGGAUGCUAUCAAUUAUGAGCUUUUCAAGCAGGCAUAUGCUUCUUCUUUAGAUGUAAACAAGUUUUUGGAUAAGUAUGAGAUGUCGAAGCUUCUAAAGGAGCCAUACGACAUGGAGGGAGCGUGCAUCAUCAUCGAGUCGAGAUGUGGAGAUACACUCUCGGAGGUUUGCAGCUUUUCUUUUCUCAACCCUUGCUGCUGGCGAGGUGAAGUUAGAAAUUGCUAUGGCCAUGAAAGAUGGGCAUUGCAACUCGCACAGAUGUACAUGAAAUGGGCUGAAAGGCAGGGCUAUGCUGGGAGGAUAGUAGAGAGAUAUCGUUCAUGCAAUGGUGAACUGAAAUAUGCUUCUAUCGAACUAGAAUUUAAAUUUGCCUAUGGAUAUCUAUCAGGAGAAAGAGGCGUACACUCUCUGAUAAGGUGUUCGGACAGUACUUCUGCUCUUCCUAAGGCUAGCUUGGCCUCCGUGGAUGUGAUUCCCCUAUUCAUCAACUCAUCUGCUGACCUGUCAAUUGAGGACGAGGAUAUACAAGUUUCAUACCCAUCCUACUGUGAGGGCAAUCCACAAAUGAGUAGGGCUUCAUCAGCUGUUCACAUCCACCACAUACCAACAGGUGUAGAAGUUCAGUCUACAGGUGAGAGGAGUCUCUUUGCCAACAAGAUCAAAGCCCUCAACCGUUUGAAGGCUAAACUUCUCGUUCUUCUGAGGGACCAUGGCGUGUCUGGUGUGGGGAGCAUCAAGAGAGGCGCUGCAACGGACAGGUGGAGUCAAGAAACACGAAAAUAUGUCCUCCAUCCAACGAAGAUGGUGCACGAUCUCAGGUCUGGUGCUCAGUUUCCAGAUGUAAGCCCCGUUUUGAAUGGCAAUCUCGACCCUCUCAUUGCUGCUCACAUCAGUUCCAGACAAUCUAGUACUGCUGUGUAAAAUUUUUAGUUAAAUCGAUAGCUUAAAACUAGAAUAUGAUGUCAAACUGUUAUGUGAUAAUGAACUGAGGGAAUGUGACUCGCCUAAUUUUAGACA